UUUAGCAAACAAUCGGCAAGAUAGCAGUUUUGGUAAUUAUCUAACUUUGGAGAAUGUUUUUUUGAUAAGUUAUUUACUUUUUUACACCAGAGCGCAUAUCUGAGAGUAUUACUUAAACAUGAACCCACUUACAACAUUCCCUGACGAUGACAUGUGUCCUAAGAUCACUGAGGAGAUCGGCGCUUUUAUUAAAGCGUCGAAGGAUCAGCCAAAAGCAACUGAAAAACCAAUUUCAGAAGAAGGUAAAAAGAUAGAGGCCGAGCAGAAACACGAAACCGAGGCGACACAAAAACCAGAGCCACGACCGCCACAACCUCAACCAGUAGAUGUAGAUAACCCCAGAACUUCGGUAGUAGUUCACGAGCUCAACGCGCUGAAACCAGGACCCGAUGGGAAAGUGGAUUGGACACCGCUUGGCGACCUCACUGGAACUAGGCCACCGGUCAAUAAGUAUUCUUUAAGUAGGUAUUCACUAGGAGAAUGGAGAAGGCACAAUGAGAAGGUGUUAAACUCUGACGUAGUGACCGAGUCAAAUGUCGUAGACUAUAACGCCAAGACGUCUAUGAUGCAAGCAUUCGGCACGCUCGAUAAGCAGCAAGCAGAAAACAACAAGCGACUCAAACAAAAAGCUAAAGAUAUUUUCCGGUGGAAGGUGGAAGUAGAACGCGCCUGCAAAAUGAUAACGGAGGAAGUUGAAUUAUUAGAAAUAGAAAGACAACGACUGAAGGGCGCCUCUAAAGUAUUAAUGUUGCCUCAAUCGAUCUCUAAACAGUGUCUCGAAAUGCGAUCGAACAGGUCGCAGCCGGACCUCGUAGCAGAUCUAGCCGAGAUACAGCUCGUGAAGGAAAUGAAUCUGGUGAAUGAGGUAAGAGAAACUUUGAAGACAACUUUGAAUCAAAUAGAAGAACAACUAAAGAUCAAUAAAGCAGCUAAGCACAGGAUCGAAUACGACUGGUGUGAUAAAACUAUGGCGUAUAAUACAGACACUAUCAAUUUGAGUCUUAGCACCAAGUCUAGCACUAUACUGUUUCGACCUGGAUCUACAAGAUUUGGUGAAUUUUCAGCACCACUGGAAUACUGGGAGUACUUUUGUAGAGAAAACAUCGAAAAUUGUGAAGCAGUGCGACAAAAGUCCGCUGACCUCAGAGGUAGUUUGAACGCUAUUUUAGUAAAUAACGGCAGAAAGCUACGUAACCAGGCGGAUAAAACUGACGUGGCUUUGGCCGAAACAGUAGCUCUUACAACUGAACUGUGUACGAAGUUAAAAGAGAAUUUAAUAACCACUUUGCAAAAAAUAGCUGACAUGGAAAGUUUGAUCCAAAACCUACAAGACGCGGUAAGGAAAACAGAUGCAGCCAUGAAGCUGGCUCAAACUAGGCUCGACAACAGAAAUAAUUGGAGGCCUCACGGCGAAAGUGUAAGGGACCAACCGCACAUAGGUUUAAUCGAAGAGGUUAAAAAAAUACAUGAAACAGUCACAUCCCUUCUAGGACAGUUGAAAAAUGCGGAGAGAGUGAGAGGAGAUUUAAUAGCGAAAAGAAUUAUGUUGGAGAAAGAUAUCGCAUCAAAGAAUAAGACAUUGAUAACAGACAGAGAAAGAUGUGGAAUGGUACGGUCGCAUUACCCGUCUGCUUCAGAACUGGCUGGUCUAUGAA